UUACUCUUUCUUCUCUCUUUUGUAUAUUUUAUUAUUCAAUGCCUUCAGGUAUUGCUGUAUUUGACUUUGACUGGUCCCUUAUCGAAGAGGACAGUGACUAUUGGACUAUCCAUAGUCUCUCACCUGAGGUAUGGGUCGAAGUAGCUCAAAACGAAAAAUCAAUGCAGUGGACAGAUUUAAUGGACUAUGCUCUCUGUGCUCUACAAAGCAAAGGAAUAACAAAAGAGGAUAUCAUUGAAACACUGAAAAAGAUACCAUUCUCUGAGGAAAUGCGCAAUGUGCUAUUUGAUUUGAAAGCCAAGGGGGUGCCUGUCAUUCUUUUGUCAGAUGCUAAUACAUUUUACAUUGAGACGAUAUUAAAGGCAUACGGUGUUAGAGACUGUGUGACCGAAAUCAUUACCAACCCUGCAUAUAUAGAUGAACAAGGCAGACUACGCGUCCGCCGCUACAUUUUACCGACUGAUUUACCUCAUAACUGCAGUAACCCUUGCUCUGUCAAUAUCUGUAAGGGACGCGAGAUUGAUCACUUGAUAAGAAAGUACGGCCCUUUGGAGAGAAUAGCCUAUACAGGUGAUGGCAAGAAUGACUUUUGUCCAGCAACAAGAUUAAGGCACACAGAUGUAUUUUUCAUGCGUCAAGGAAAAGGUUUGGAUAGAUUCCUGACUGAUUUACCCGAGUACAAGACAAAGAUCAAGAGUAAUUUCGUAUAUUGGAUGAAACCAGAGACAGUCUGGGAAGUAAUGCCAAAAUAUUUUGCUUCUUCAACAGCUGCAACUUCUGCAUAAAUUGUUUAGAAUAAAUGCUGACAAAGAAGCCAUCACAGGAAGCACAGUAUAAAAACAAAGAUCGAAAUUCUCAAUAAACUGAGGAUUCUAAAUACAGAACAACAGCACUAGCUAUUGCUUCUUUUUUUUUUUUUCAUACUUUGGAUACUCCCUUCUUGUAUUCGUUAAGGUUAGUUGACUGUAUUUUAAGUACAGCAUCCAGACUAGCAUAGUCAUAUUUGAAGAAGCAAAGUAUUUUAUCUGUCACUCGGCUUACCCAAAAUGCCAAAUUCAAACCUCAACAAACAGGAUAUGUUUAAUGCUGCUAGAAUUUAUCAUUGACCUUAUAGAAAGUGCUUUCCAAUCACUCAUCAGUUUGUCAAGUAUUUAUCGUAUUUACCCUAAAGUACUUCAUCUUAUUGUAAAAGAUUAUUCGAAGAAAGAGAAAUAUAAAAAAGAUUGACCACAAAAUGCGUUAUUCUUAUAGACACGUCAUAUUCAAUUCUAAUUG